UUUUAAGUAUAAAAUAUUUCAAGAUUGGAAUUUAGUUGUGAAAUUUUGUUCGAAGUGAAUAAAUACCAAAAUUUAUUAGUGAAAUAGUGUAGUGAAUUUUUUUCCGAAUUGAAUAAAUUUUUUCCCUAAAUAUGGAUAAAUAUUACUCAUCAACCGUUGCAUCAUGGUAUGCAGGAAAAAAUAUAUUCAUAACUGGUGCAACCGGAUUUAUGGGAAAAGUUUUAGUGGAAAAAUUAUUACGAUGCUGUCCACAAGUUCAAAGUAUCUAUAUUUUAUUGCGAAAUAAACAUGGAUAUGAUCACAUUCAACGUUUGGAAACAUUAUUAAACUUUCCAAUUUUUGCAAAUAUUCGCGAAUCCGAUCCAAAUCAAUUGACAAAAAUUGUUCCAUUAGCUGGUGAUGUUUCCUUACCAAAUUUAGGAUUAUCAAAAGAAGAUGCUGAUACGUUAAGGAAAAAUGUUACAGUUGUUUUUCAUUGCGCUGCAAAUGUUCGAUUCGAUCAAAAAUUAGCAAAUGCAAUAAAUUUUAAUACAGGUGGUACACAUCGUGUGUUACAGCUGGUUGAUACAUUUAAACAAAUUCAUGCUUUUAUUCAUGUAUCAACAGCAUAUUGUCACUGUGAUAUUGAUGAAUUAGAAGAAAUCGAAUAUCCUACACCACAUCCACCGGAAGGUGUGAUCGAUAUGUGUGCAUGGAUGCCUCAACAAGCGUUAGAAAAAAUCACACCAAUUUUAUUAGAUUCUCAACCGAACACUUAUGCUUAUUCAAAAUGUUUAUCUGAAGGUUUUGUUUCACAAUACAGUUGUAAAUUCCCUGUUGCGAUUGUUAGACCUUCAAUUGUAACGGCAGCAUGGAAUGAACCGCUUCCUGGCUGGAUUGAUAAUUUAAAUGGACCAACAGGAUUACUUGUUGGCGCCGGAAAGGGUGUUAUACGUUCAAUGCAUUGUAAUGAAAAUUAUAAUGCUGAUAUAAUGCCCGUGGAUAUUGCCAUUAAUGCUGUAAUUGUUUCAGCGUGGCAUGUUGGUAUAACCAGACCGAAUAAAGCAUUUGUAUGUAAUGUUACAUCAUCAAGUGAUAAUCCAAUCACAUGGGGCCAAUGUUUGGAUAUGGGUCGUAAACAUCUUUAUAAUCACCCGUUCAGUGUGUGCUUAUGGUAUCCGGAUGGAUCUAUUAAGAAAAAUAAAUUUUAUCAUAUGCUAUGUGUAGUUUUCUUCCAUUUAAUACCAGCAUACUUUAUUGAUGGCCUCUUACUCCUGCUACGGAAAAAACCAUUCAUGGUGCGUGUACAAGAACGAAUCCAAGGUGGUUUAGAUGUAUUACAAUAUUACACAACAAAACAAUGGAAAUUCUCGAAUAAAAAUUUUAAAAUGUUAAAUAAUUUAUUAAUCAAAGAAGAUAAAACUGUUUUUAACAUGAACUGUAUGGAGAUCGACUGGGAUUUGUAUACGUUAAAAUAUGUAUUAGGUGCACGAGAAUAUUGUGUUAAAGAGAGUCCAGAAACAUUACCACAAGCCAGAAAAUUAUUGAAAAGGUUGUAUUAUUUGGAUCGAAUAACAAAUGUGUGUUUCAUUGUAUUUUUAAUGUGGAUUGUAUACAGUUGUUUUGGACCACUUUUAUCUACAAUUGAUUAUGGAUUUAAAUCAAUUAUUGGA